UCUGGCUAGUUGAAACGAAUGGAAAAAGCCACAGACUUACCCGGCCAAUCGGUGCGACGACGGGUGUAACUAUCUCUAGAAUCGUGUAGUUGAAAUACUUUCGACUUUGCACUGAACGUUCCAAAGUACAGAGGCCUGGCUACUUAGCUACAAUCGAGUUGUUUUAGUUUUUAUUAAAAAAGUGCACCCUCGGUUAUCAGUUUCAUUUAAUUCUUUUCCGCAUUUAUUUCCCUCGCUUCGAGCCUUGUUCUCGCCAGGUGGUUUCUUUAUGUUCAUUUCAUUGUCUAAUCUACGUGGAUAUGACGACUUUUGAUUUAUUGACCUGGUCCACUAUUUCCACAAUCUAUUUGCCUUUAUCAGGGCUUCGCUUUUUAUGCGGCAAUUAUCAUAUCCGAUUAACUUUCUUUCAUUUUGCUUUAUAAUUCCGCGAGUGUCAGGACUUACAAUUCGACAAUUGCACAGGUUGUCAGGCCAUAAAGAAAUCGCAGGUGGUCCUGAUAACAAAACCAUGAAGUUAAAAAAUCAUAGAAUAUCUGUACCUUAUUUUGAAAUGGAAAUAUUCACACAUAGUAAGCUUUGCCAGUGAGACAUCCCUAGCUCUCAGCCCAAAAAUAAAAAACAUAUUUCGAAUCUUGUUACUUGAAAGCCUAAGGCAUGGCGUUUAAUAGCCCGGUUUUGUUGCCUGUCCUCAAGGCCGAUGAUGACGAACAGGAGUUAGUUGAUCCGCAAGCAGCCCUUAGGGAGAAGUGCCAGGCCAAGGGUCACAUUGGGUCCCUGUACAACAAGUAUCAAGAGUGCAAUGAUCGUGUGAAUGGCAAGUCCAAAACCACUGAGACGUGCAUGGAGGAAUUGUUCGACUUCGUUGCUGAGUUGGAUCAUUGCGUUGCUCACAGUCUCUUCUCCAAACUCAAAUAGUUUCAAAUUUUAGCAAUGCUUAAAACUAAAAUUGGCAAUUAAAUAAAGGAAGCAUACUAAAAUAUAAAUAUUUCCAGCUAUAACUCGUUUAGGAAAAGUCCCACUAAUGGGUACACUUUUAUCUGAUUUUUCACUAUCUAAAUGGAACGCAUUUUGGUUGGCCUUUUCAGUCGGCUGAUAAGGUUUAUGGGUUACUAAGGGUACGCCAACGUCGGAAUCUAAGAUCGCUUAUAUCGAAUAUUUGUGUGCAGCUUGCUAUAAUCUUUAAUACGAGUUGAAUGCCUUAAUCAGGGAUCAGCAACUCCAUGCAAUACCAAAGCUAACUAGCUUCUCAUCGCAUAUCUCAACUCCUCCUUCCU